AUGGACUCAACCCCCUCGAGGAGCAGGUUCCUCUGCCCGGCCAAUGGCCUGCUGAUCCUCAAGAAGAUCUACCAAUAUCGGAGGACCGAAUUUGGGUCGAUGGGUGCUUCGACUUUAGCCACCACGGUAGGUCAUGCCGGUGCUAUGCUUCAAGCCCGUCAGCUCGGAAAGGCGCUUUACGUGGGAAUACACUCCGAUCAAGCUAUCCUCGAGAACAAGGGUCCGACAGUGAUGUCACUGGAAGAACGUGUUGCAGCUGUUGAUGCGUGUCGAUGGGCAACCCAGAGUGUUCCAUAUGCCCCCUACGUGACUUACCUACCCUGGGUAUCUCACUACGGAUGCAAAUACGUUGUUCAUGGAGACGAUAUCACUUCCGACAGUGACGGAAAUGACUGCUACCGCUUCGUCAAAGCCGCUGGACGCUUCCGUGUCGUCAAACGUACUCCGGGCAUAUCGACAACCGAUCUUGUCGGGCGCAUGCUGUUGUGCACCAGGAACCAUUUUGUUAAAUCUGUAAAGGGUACUCUCGCUGGGCUGGAAGGGUAUGGAAGCCCCGAGGAGCGUAAGGCUUCUGCUACAGAUCUUUUACAGAGAAUCAAGGACUAUGCGACGGACGAGAGUGGUCUUCAGCCUGGGCCUCAGGUGUGGACAUGGACUGGAUCUGGCACCGCAAAGAUGGACCAUCUUGUCGAGGAGGCUGGCCUGUUCGAGAAGUUGGUCGAUGGAAAGGGACCCAAACCUGGGCAAAGGGUUGUUUAUGUUGAUGGAGGUUUCGACCUCUUUUCCUCCGGUCACAUUGCAUUCCUGCGCAAAGUCACAGAGCUUGAGGAGUCCGAGGGCCGGAAAGGUGGCUGGUAUGAGCCAGAUCAAGUUGCAAAGAGGUUGAAGGACCACGGAGAGGACUACGCCCCGGCCUAUAUUGUCGCCGGUAUCCAUGAUGACGAUGUGAUCAACCAUUGGAAGGGGUUGAACUACCCGAUCAUGAAUAUCUUCGAACGUGGUCUCUGUGUUCUCCAAUGCCGCUACAUCAAUGCUGUUAUAUUUUCUGCGCCAUUUACCCCAAGCGAGCCUUAUCUGAAGGCAAUUCCGUGGGGCACUCCGGAUGCUGUCUACCACGGACCCACGACCUUCAUCCCACUAACUUAUGAUCCAUACACUGCUCCCAAGAAGAUGGGAAUCUUCCGGGAAGCCGAACAGCACGCCUUCCAACACGUGAACGCUGGCGAAAUUGUUGGUCGGAUCCUGAAAAGCCGUGAAGCUUAUGAAGCUAGGCAACGUGCGAAGCUGGACAAGGCCAUUGCCGAGGAUCUGGUGAAGUCGAAAGAGGCAGCUCAACCACCUCAGUAG